CUCUCUCAAUUUCUGCACUGUUCCUCCUCCUGACACAUCGUAUCACCUUGUUGAUUCUCUCUCUCUCCUCAAAUCUGACCAAACGAAAAAUAUAAAGAAAAGAAAGAACAAAACUACACGCAGAGAGAGAGAGACAUAGAGAGAGAGAGUUUUAGCGUUGGCAAAAGAUGGUGACUGAAAAGAGUGUUGGAUGAACCCAACAAAGUGGAGAAAAAGUGUAAAAGAAAAGAAAAGAAAAGAAGAAAGAUAAUAAAACAGAACAUAUUUGUCAUGUACUACCAAAAUUUUGUUAGGCAAGAGAUAGUGACUCAAAAGAGAGAGGGAUAUAACAUAGUUUACCUUCAUUAGUCAGGCCAUGGCUUUGAAGCUGCUUCUUCUUUGCAUCUUUUCUCUUUCUCUUGUUAGACUCUGUCUGUCUUACGAGCCUCGCAACCAUGAAGUGGAGGCUUUGAUUAGUAUAAGAGAAGCAUUGGACGAUCCACAUGGUGUGUUAAACAACUGGGAUGAGGACUCUGUAGACCCCUGCAGUUGGGCUAUGAUCACUUGCUCACCUGACAAUCUAGUUAUUGGCCUGGGUGCUCCAAGCCAAUCUCUCUCUGGAACUCUUUCUGGUACUCUAGGAAAUCUCACUAAUCUUCGCCAAGUGUUGUUGCAGAAUAAUAACAUCUCAGGGGAAAUCCUGCCAGAGCUCGGUACACUUACUAAACUUCAGACCUUGGAUCUCUCAAACAACCGGUUCUCUGGGUUGAUACCAGAUUCUCUUGGUCAAUUAAGUAGCCUGCAAUAUCUGAGGCUGAACAACAACAGCUUGUCUGGGCCUUUUCCUGUGUCAUUAGCUAAAAUCCCUCAGCUUGCUUUCUUAGACUUGUCUUAUAACAAUCUUAGUGGACCAGUGCCCAAGUUCCCUGCAAGAACAUUUAAUGUUGUGGGGAAUCCAUUGAUUUGUGGAAGUGGCUCCAAUGAAGGUUUCCUUGGUUCUGCCAAUGCUGGUCCUCUUUCCUUUUCUAUCAAUUCAUCCUCUGGCAAACACAAGUCCAAGAAAUUGGCCACUGCUAUUGGGGUUAGUUUCAGCUUUGUCUCUCUCUUGCUCCUAGCACUUGUAUUCAUUUGGCUUAGAAAGAAUCAGAAAAGCCUAACAAUUCUUAAAAUUAGUGACAAACAAGAUGAGGAGCUACUUAGCCUGGGUAAUCUUAGGAACUUCACCUUCAGAGAGCUUCAACUUGCCACAGACAACUUCAUCUCCAAGAACAUACUUGGCGCUGGAGGCUUUGGCAAUGUGUACAAGGGAAAGCUAGAAAAUGGGACUAUGGUGGCAGUGAAGCGGCUAAAAGAUGUGGCUGGAAACUCUGGGGAAUCACAGUUUAGGACAGAACUGGAAAUGAUCAGUCUUGCAGUUCACCGGAAUUUGCUCAAGUUGAUUGGAUAUUGUGCCACUCCUAGUGAGAGGCUUUUAGUCUAUCCUUACAUGUCUAAUGGUAGUGUGGCCUCUAGGCUAAGAGGAAAACCUGCGCUAGAUUGGAACACAAGGAAGAGGAUAGCAAUUGGAACUGCGAGGGGUCUUCUAUAUCUACAUGAACAAUGCGAUCCUAAGAUUAUUCAUAGAGAUGUGAAGGCUGCUAAUGUGCUUCUUGAUGACUUCUGUGAGGCUGUAGUUGGUGAUUUUGGCCUUGCAAAGCUCCUUGAUCAUGCUGACUCCCAUGUCACCACUGCUGUCCGUGGCACUGUUGGACACAUUGCACCAGAGUAUCUCUCCACUGGCCAGUCAUCUGAGAAAACUGAUGUUUUUGGAUUUGGCAUUCUCUUGAUAGAGCUCAUAACUGGAAUGAGAGCUCUUGAGUUUGGAAAAGCAGUUAAUAAAAAAGGAGCAAUUCUUGAGUGGGUGAAGAAGAUAAUGCAAGAAAAGAAAGUGGAAGACUUGGUGGAUAGAGAGUUGGGUAGGAACUAUGAUCUAAUGGAGGUUGGAGAGAUGCUGCAAGUAGCUCUUUUGUGCAUUCAACAUCUCCCAGCUCACCGUCCGAAAAUGUCUGAAGUGGUACAGAUGCUCGAAGGCGAUGGCCUUGCUGAGAAAUGGGCUGCAUCACAUAAUCAAAGCAAACCUAACAUGAACAUUCUCUCUCCUACCACUGCAUCUAAACAUGAUGAAAAUGGUCAUGAUCGUUCUAGCAACCUGUUUGGCAUGGGAAUGGAUGAAGAUGAUGAUGAACAUUCUUUGGAUUCCUAUGCCAUGGAACUCUCUGGCCCAAGAUAAGAAGAAAGAAUAAAAAACAUAUAGAUGAAUGAUUUUAUAUUUUCCCUCUUUUCUUUGGUUAAUUCUUUAUCAAAAUAUAUAUGCUCGUAAGUUCCUAGCACUAUCACGAAAUUGUGAUGUAAAUAACUAAACAUGUCCCUUGUUUAUUUUCCAGCAAAAAAUUGAAAAGAAAUUGUCCCA